AUGGCGUCCAACGUGAACGAAGCUCCUCUACCCGACCUACGGCGCAUCGUCACAGGCCAUGAUUUGAAUGGCAAAGCCGUUGUGCAGAGCGACGCUGGUAUUCCUACAGCGGAGUUUAAACCGGGUAUCACAGCCGCCGCACUGUGGGUGACCCAUGAUAUGCCCUCGACGGACAAUAAUUCGGAUGUCGAUGGUGCGACAAGACCGUUGCAAGGGAUGGCGGCACCUGGUGGGACGAAUUUCCGGUAUACUGACCUUGCGCCUGGGGCUGUCACACCUAUGCAUCGCACAAUCUCGCUAGACUAUAACAUUCUUCUACAAGGAGAGGUCGUGCUGAUCAUGGAAGAUGGCGAGGAGCGACAUCUAACAAAUGCUGGGGAUACGGUUAUACAGAAGGCUACGAUGCAUGCCUGGCGGAAUCCGGGGAAGACAUGGGCUCGAUGGGCCACAGUCGUUGUGGAUGCGGUGCCUCCGGUUGUGAAUGGCGAGACUCUGCAGGAGGAAUGGCGAGACUGACCGUGCACAACAGUACUAUUGUAUAUGUUC